AUGCCCGCCAAUGCUGUCGCACCCGCGACCCAACCCCGGGGCUUACAACCCGACUACACCCUGCCACUCAUAAAAGACUGGACACACACCCUCCGCAACCUCCGAAGCUCGCGGCGCCGAUGCGUCGAACGCGUCACCGCCAUAACAGACACCUGCCACACCUCCUGCAACAAAGCGCACGUAAUACAAUGCCGAGAACACUACGGAUCCGUCAUCGAAGCGAUUCGCGAGCGGUAUUUCAGCAAAGACGCCAGCGACGAGUGGUUCUCCGGCCGCGACGACUUGCUGAAGGAAUUAGCCCAUCUCCUAGACGAAGCUAAGGAGCUGCGGGCGCGGUUAUCAGACGUCGAGGCGAGGGUGCAGAAGGAAAAAGCGGCGUGGUAUCGCGAGGUGUUAGCGCGGUACCCUUACUUUCUCGACGUCGCGGAGAAUUUUGGGGCCGAGUUCGGUCGCCUUCUGGCGGACGAUGCGCAGUCCACUGAAGACCUCGCGCGCGCGGUGCGCAAAGGUAUCGGGAGGGUUAGAGGCCGACCGAUUAACCUGGAAGAUUACCUUGCGGCUGUCACCCGCGCCGAGGACACGGGGGACGUGAAGAAGAUGAAGGAGGAAGUCAUCCAAUUCCUCUUCGAAGUCAACGGAUCCGGCAAGAUCCUUGAAGGGUCAGAAAAAUACGCAGAAAUGUACCGAGAAACCCCAGACCUCUCCAUCGAGCAGGUCAUGAACGCCGUAGAUGCCGAUCGACGCAGCGCACUCGACAAGCAGCAGCCAGCCGCCACCCCUGUCCUCGCGCCCGCCGAGAACCAACCUUCCUCGGAGCACGCGAAGCGCGUCGAGCAGGUGAAGCGCGCGCUCAAGGAACGGAGCCAAAGGCGCAUCGUGGUGGAGGAAAAGAGGCGGCUCAUGGACGAGCUGCAGAGGGCGAAGAUGGCUCAUAAGAAGAUCCAGAACGCCAAGUCUGAGAAGAAGCAUCGGCAGCUGCCCAAGGAGUUUUAUGAUAUGCCACCGUGCGAGGCGUGUAAGAAGGCUGUGGACCCGAAGGAUUUGAUUGCUUGUUCGUUGUGCCAGGUGCUUGUGCACAUGGGGCUUCAGACUACGCAGGUCGCCUACUGCUCUAUGGAAUGCUUCGAGAAGGCCCAUGAGCGCCAUCUUGAGACCAGCCACACCUGCGAAGCAGGAAAGUACUGCCUCCAAGUCCGCAACACAUCCUCGACGAACCCUGCCCCUAAAGAACCCGACGACGCUACGCCACAAGUCUCCCUCUGCAAAGAAUGCGUCAACCAACUCGGCAAAGCCAUCAUCUACUGCUCGCUCCCCUGCGCCUCCUCCAACCUCAAAAUGCACCUCGAAGAGGCCCACCGCUCCAUGUGGGAAGAGGUCAAGUCCCAGAAGCCACCGCCCGGAAAAGAGGAGAGCGCGAACGGCGGCACUCCUGAGGAUCUGCCAAAUGUUGGCAAGUUUGUCGAGAGCCUUGAGGAUAUCUUCCAGGCGAAGAUUGGGAGCAAGUUGGUGGGUAAGGAGGUGGGAAUGGAGUAUCUCCGUCGGAAAGGGUGA